UCAUGGACACGGCCUCACCUCCCCCGAGUCCCCACUGCCCCCAACUAGGCCAACAAAAUCACCGCACCCCACCUCCCGGCCGUCGCGAAUCUUCUAGAACAUUCUCGAACCGCCGGAAACCCAAGCCGCCGCCGCCAGGACCCGCUCCAAUGCCCGCGGCGAUCGGGAGGCGGCCGCCCGCCCGCCGGGUCUAGGCUGCGCGCGAUGGCGAGGUCGAGGCCUAGGGUUUGGCUCGUGGCGGCCUGCGCCGCGGUGCUGCUGUGGGCCUCAGUCGCGCAGCUCGUCGCCGUCGGCCGCCUCCUCCUCCUGUUCGGCGUCGCGGGCAACGCCGAUCCUUCGCCGCCGCCGUCCGCGCUUCCGCCCCCAAGAAUAUACAAGAGCAAUGGUUAUCUGAAGAUAUCUUGUAAUGGGGGUCUGAAUCAGAUGCGAUCAGAGAUAUGUGACAUGGUAGCAGUUGCUCGUCUGCUAAACCUCACGAUGGUUGUCCCGGAACUUGACAAGAGAUCAUUCUGGGCUGAUCAAAGCAAUUUUGGAGAUAUAUUUGAUGUGAGGCAUUUCAUUGACUCAUUAAGAGAUGAAGUGCACAUUAUUAAACAGCUUCCAGAGAGAUUUGAUACAAGAGAUUCAGACAUUAUACUUCAAAUGCCACCUGUGAGCUGGUCAGAUGAAAAAUAUUACUUGCAUCAGAUCUUACCACUGUUCAGCAAACAUAGUGCCAUCCAUUUUAACAAAACAGAUGCUCGGUUAGCCAAUAAUGGUAUCAGUACAGAGCUUCAACUGCUUAGAUGCCGUGUUAAUUUUCAAGCACUGAAAUUCACCCCUCAGAUUGAGGGAUUGGGGAAUAAACUAGUACAUGAACUUCGAGCUAAGGGAUCAUUUGUAGCCUUGCAUUUACGUUAUGAGAUGGAUAUGCUGGCCUUUUCUGGUUGCAACCAUGGUCUUUCACCUGAAGAAGCUGAGGAGCUAAAAAAAAUGAGAUAUGCUUAUCCAUGGUGGAGAGACAAAGAAAUUGAUUCCCAAGCGAAGAGGUCACAAGGACUAUGCCCACUUACUCCUGAGGAGACAUCACUUGUUUUGAAAGCCCUGGGAUUUCAAAAGGAUGCUCUUAUAUACAUUGCAGCUGGUGAAAUUUAUGGGGGAGAUAGGAGACUAGAACCACUACGAGCUGCUUUCCCUAAACUUGUAAGAAAAGAGAUGCUGCUAGACUCUGAUGUUCUGCGUCAAUUCCAAAAUCACUCGUCCCAGAUGGCUGCACUCGAUUUCAUUGUAUCCACAGCCAGUGAUGUUUUCAUUCCCACUUUUGAUGGUAACAUGGCAAAACUUGUUGAAGGCCACCGAAGGUUCCUGGGUUUCUGGAGAAGUGUGGUGCUAGACCGACGGAAAUUAGUGGAACUUCUAGACCUAUACACCAACAAGACAAUCUCUUGGGACAAUUUUGCAUCUUCUGUUCGGGAAGCUCACAAGAGCCGUGUAGCCCAACCAUCCUGCAGGCGGAAACUUGAGAACAGACCAAAAGAAGAGGAUUACUUCUACGCUAACCCCCAUGAAUGCCUGGCCAAUUCAAGCUUGUGCAGCUAAACCAAGUUUCCAUUCUCUGUAAAAUGAGCAGAUGAGAGUAAAAUCACUCGCAACCUGGUGGAGGCUUAGCAGUCGUUUUGAUGUGCAGGGGACUGAAGCUAACGUGCACAGCCCAUCACGGUCAAUUGACUGACAUUCCUGAUGUCUGUUGUAUAGGUUAGAUUUUUUUUUUACCGCUCGGCUAUUGAUUCAUUCGCUUUCCAACGUGCCAAAAUAGGGGCCUGUUUGGAGCAUGUAAAUUUUGGUUUGUUGUCUGUCGUACCUGUUCAUCGAUGAUUACGUCGUGAAUAGUUGUUGGGAGAUUUUUUUUUUCCGCUUUUGCAAAUACUUCUAGUUUUGCAAAUGUUUAGUGGAAACUUCACUUCUAA